AUGUCUAGUAGUAAAUUCGAAGAGGUCAUCAACAAGAUCAUCAAUGACAGCCCUCCAGGAGAAUUAAGGGAAGUAUACGACGAUCUAAUCAAGAUCACAAGUGAAAACUCCAAAAAUACUAUUUUGGAUGCUAUUGAGAAUUACAACGUGCAGAAUUGCAUCCCUAUAGAAGUCAACGGGAACUCUGUAAUUAUUUCCAAAUACAACAAGGAAGGAGCAAAGUUUUUUGAUCCCGUAAAUUCCGUAAUAUUUUCAGUUAACCAUUUAGAGCGCAAGGGCCUUGACAUUGAACCAUAUGAGUUCACGCAUGCAAAGAUAGAGAAAGGGCAAUUGAAAGAACUGCACGAUAAAUUGCACGAAUAUCUUCUUCAGAGCUUUCCAGGUGAUGUCAGUUUUGCUGUUUACCCAGUCCCUGAGGAAAUAAGUAAAAUUUCUAUUAUUAUUGUUAGCACCAAAUAUAAUCCAAACAAUUUCUGGAACGGCCAUUGGAGAUCAAGCUACAUCUACGAUUUGGAGACCAGGGAGUUAUCCGGUCAAAUCUCUACGCAAGUCCACUAUUACGAAGACGGUAACGUUAGUUUCCAAUCUGGGAAGGAUAUCAAUCAAUCUAACGUUGAUGACGUUGUUUGCACAAUAAGGGAUAUUGAGACGAAUUUCGAAAAUGAUCUAGAUCUUUCAUUUUUCGACUUGAACGAAAAACAGUUUAAGGCCUUAAGAAGAAGAUUACCAGUCACGAGAUCCAAAAUUAACUGGGGUAGUGCGAUUGGCAGUUAUAGAUUGGGUAAGAAUGCGGCAGAAGGCAAAUGA